AAUAAAAAAUGAUUCUUGGAGGAUUGGUUGUAUGUGCUAGGCUCGGUGAUAGGAGGGGUAUUAUCAAGAGUGGUGAUGGUAUAGGUUUAGGCUUGCAUAUUGCAUAUUUGGCACGAGUUUGCAUGUGAUGAGUGUUAGUGGUGGUAUUUGGGUGUGGAUGUAUGGUUUGAGUAUGAACUGGGUUACUGGUAGGGUGGCGGUUGGCCAUUGGGAUGAGAUGGUCCAAUGAAUUGACCGCAUGUAGAAGUUUAAUGGAGGAGGUGACAAAUGGUUGACCGUGGCCUGUGCAAACUCAAUUCAAUCGAACGAGGAAGAAGAAGAAGAAAAGCUGAAACCAUGUUCCCUGGAAUGUUCAUGAGGAAACCAGACAAAGCUGCAGCUUUGAAGCAGCUGAAGAACCACGUGGCUAUGUUCGGGGCAUGGGUCGUCGUGAUUCGGGUCGCACCCUACAUCCUGCACUUCCUCUCCGAUCAAAAGGAGGAGCUCAAGCUCGAACUGUAGGCCCUCCUCCGACAACUAUUCCUUCUCCAAACCACUUCGGAUUAGCCUGCAUUUCGGGUUGGGAGAAUCUUCACAUGAUAAGAGGCCUAAAUUUUAAAAUUCAUAGACCAAAGUUCUCUUUAUUCAUUUUCUGUGUGUUCUGAAUUCCAUGUUCAUGUGGAUUAUAAAAGACAGCACGUUGAGAUGGAUUAACGGGAGGAUGGUAGACUUGUGAAAGUUUUUUCAUGUUAGUACUAUUUGUUUAAGAGUGAAUAUGCUUUAGAUAAUCCCGCCCAUUUACAUUUACCCUGAUCCUAGUGCGUGGUUUGUUAAUCAAGGCAGACCUGAUUA